AUUAAAAAUAAUUAGGAACCUUAAAAAAAUACACCAGUGGAAUAAUCUUCAAAUAAUAGUAAUCAUCAAACAUACUCCUUUGAUGAACACCAGAAAAAGCUAGUUGCAGAUUCUUCGAUCGAAGCAAUCCGAUAGAGUUGAAAUCUCGGAUAGAAAGAUGGGGUUAUCACCAUCAAAGCGAGUGAACAACACUUUACAAAACUCGACUCAAUUUGACUCAGCAUGCGACUCAGUCUUCUCCCAAUCUCUUUCUCUAACAGACCAUACUUUCCCAGGAGUCUUACCUUACCAGCUCAAAACCGCUUCCGAUCAAAUCCACAUCAUCCUCUCCGAUUCUCACUAUCCACUCAUCCGCAACUGGCUCCCAUCCCCUCCCGAUCGGACACAAGUUGACUCCGCCCUCCGCCAUGUCCUCCCGCCCGAUCACGACCGCAACGACGUCCUCCGACUCCCGCUCUUCAAGGAUUGGGCUCGCUACCUCUACACGGACGCCGUCGUGUCCUCCGCCACCAAAGCGCUUCUCUUACGAGUUCCCGUCGGUGUUGCCGGAAUCGUUGGAAUCAGUGCCGUCGCUCACCCUGGUCCGGCACUGGUUGGGACUUUCGUUGGAGCUUACUCGCUCGGUGUUGCUCUCUCUAUUUUUCUAGGUUUAUCCGCAUGAAUCAAUUCUAAUUCUAUUGCUGUAUUUUAAGAUAGAUUAGAAUUUGAAGAUGUUUUGGUUGCAUCAUCCUCUAUGUGGUGUAUUGCAUAAGAAUAGGUGAAUUUGCAAUUGCAAAUGUUGUAUUGUAUAACUCUUUUCUUGGAGGAGUUCAUAUAUGGAAUGGACCAAAUGUUGUAUA